AUGGCUGCUCUUCCUCCUAUCACCGGCAUGCUCCGCCGCGGCCUCGUCCUCGACCUGAGCACUGCCUUUGGUUUCGGCACCACCUUCGGCUACCUCUGGUGGUACGGCUUCCACCUGCCUCGCGUUCGUGCCCGUGAUACCUACUACACCAAGCUCGAGCAGGAGCGUCUUGCC